AUGAAUUGCUAUAAAGGUGUUCAACUUCUUUUAAAGGAAUUGGCAGAUCCAAAUGUAACAGAUCACGAGUGCAAGACUCCACUACAUUUUGCUGCAGACAAUCCUUUCAGCAGUGCAACUACCACUCUUCUCUUAAAGGCAGGCUGCGACCCAAAUCAACAAGACAACCUUGGAAAAACACCCCUUCAUUAUGCCGCUGGGUGCAGUGACAGUACUGCCGUACUUUUGGAGAAUAAUGCGAAACCAGGUGUGACAGAUGGACUUGGUAGGACUGCUCUUCACUAUGCAGCAGAGAAAAGCAACGCUGAACAUUUGAAGCUCAUGCUGCUUAAUGGGGCUGAUCCAUGUGCCAAGGACAAAUUUGGCAAAACAGCUCUUCACUAUGCCUCUCAUGCAGAUUACAGAAUUUGGAGUGACCACCCUAAUUCUGCAGAUGAGACUAGAAGGGAAAGUGUUCAACUUCUCUUGGAGAAAGGAAGUAACCCUGGCAUACGAGAUCAAGAUGGAAAGACUGCUCUUCACUAUUUAGCAGAGAAGCAAGGCUGUGAAUGUAUAACUCUAGCAUUGGCCAAAGGUGCUGACCCAUGUAAGCAAGACAAACAAGGCAAAACAGCUCUGCAUUAUGCUUCACAACUACCCAAUAGUGAGUCUGUGCAGCUGCUAUUGGAAACAGGUGCUGAUGUAUCAAUAAGGGACGAACAUGGCAAAACAGCUCUUCAUGAUGCAGCAAAACAUGGAAACGUGAAAACCGUAUCAUUACUCCUGAAUCAAGGAGCUGAUAAAUGUGCCUUAGAUGAACAAGGAAUGUCACCUCUCCAAUAUGCAGUGACACGAAGAGUCUGUGUUAUUGCUAAACCUCUCAUGGACCACGGCUCUGAUGUGAAUUUACUGAGUUAUUGCGGGAAGACAACUCUCCACUAUGCAGCAGAAAAAGGAUGUUCAGACAGUAUUAAGCUGUUGUUACAGAGAGGCGCCAAUCUUAAUAAACUAGAUGGGCAAGGCAGGAUGCCACUUCAUUGUGCAGCACUUGCGACUGAAGGCUGGUGUACUCGUAAUGUAGAGACACUCUUACGCUUAGGUGCUGAUCCAUCUGCUCAAGACAAAGAGGGAAGGACGGCUCUUCAUUACGCGGCUCAAAGUGAAAAUCAUAGAGCUGUGAAACAGAUUUUAAAGAAAUCUGACGUUGCAAGGAUAAAAGACCAAGAGGGAAAGCUAGCUCUUGACUUUGCGAAAGAGACUGGUAACAUUGAGAUUGCGAACCUGUUCAAAGAUCUAGCUAAAAGUACUAGCUCUGCAAGGUGA